AUGAGUAAUCCCGUAGGGGAAGAAGCAACUGCAGAAGUGCGCUCAGGAAGGAAUAAUACCGGUGACAGUGGCGUAAAGGGAGGGAGUUGUCACCCGUCCCACCCUUCUCUUCAACCCCGUGGUCAGAAUGUUAACGAUAAAUCUGUAUUCUUAGGACAGGGGGAGACAUCAAAUGUGUUAGUAGGCGCAAACGGGAGUCAAGUCACCACGAGUAGCAGUCACCCCACAUUAGAUGAACCAAGUCACAGGGCGGAGGAUAAUCCCCCCCACGCGCAGUACCAUCAUUCAGGAAAUACCAAUAGGAAUCACCAAAUAAUGGACAGCAGUAAAAAUUGUCAAGUCAAUGUUAUGUAUAAUUACACCCCCCCCAGUGGAGAGCACAACAGAAGCAGCAUUAGUAAUGACGUUCAGAAUGAGGUGUACGUCCAUAGUCAGCCGAACGAUGGGGAUGUAUACAAGAGGAGUACGUGGCAGAUUAAGGAGGCGAGCAGCACAAGUUCUCCUGCAAAUGAAAAUAAUGCGGUUACCGUUUCGUGUAGUAAUGACCAGUCGCUGUCUGCACAGAAUGCUCAGCAGCUAAGUGCAUCCAGGGCAGCACAAUCGGGGUACGCCAUUCACAGGGGAUCAAACCUAGCUAGCUACGCUGGAAGUGAGAACAAUUUGCAUGGGGCGAAUAAUUCCCUGAGUAACCCAAGUCAUGUACAACGCAAUGCUGUGCAAAUCAAUAUGCCGAAAGGUACCCCACAUGAUAAAACUAGUGUUGAUAGGGCCAAUGAGAGCACGUAUCAAAUAUAUGGGAGCGGUUACGGCGGCUCCCCCAAUGUAGGGUCUGCUGGUGCACCUUCCAACAGCUUGGGCAGGCAGGCGGAUAGUGCACAUAUUAGUCAGGUGCAGCAGGACGCGCACGGCGUGUGGGGCGUCGGGUCGCACAGUAAUGCUACAUAUAGUAGUGAUGCGUAUAGAAACGCUGGGUACAGCAAUUCUGGGUACACGAACGCCCAGUAUAGCAACCCUCCAUAUAGUAAUACCCCGUAUAGUAACCCUCCGUAUAGCAAUCCUCCAUACAGUAAUCCCCCUUAUAGUAAUACCCCUUAUAGUAAUCCUCCGCAGAGCAGCGCAAAGGAACAGCACAGUGUGUACCAAACAGCGUACCAGCAUCGCGCCUCUAACCAGCCCAGUGGGCAGAACUUUUAUGGCGCCCAGGCAAAUGAUGCUGGCAACGCGUUUGGCAGUAGACCAUUCGGGAAUGCGCCAUAUGGAGGAAGUCCCGGCGCAACUGCUGACCCAGGGGGGAGUGAAAAACGUGAAGAUCAGCAGGAGAGGGGGACGAACGUACAGAAGUAUGAACGGUCAGAUGAAGAAUCAGUGGAAAGUUCAAGUUCCGAAAAUUCAACUGAAAAUGAACAUGAGGUAACAGAUAAAGGAGAAGAAGUAUACACGCUGAUAAAAAAAACGAUCAACCGUAUAGACAUGAACAAAAUUCCAAGGCCUAUAAUAAAUUGGCAAGAAAGAAAAAAAAAAAGAAAUUUAAAAGUGUUUGAAACGUGCAAGUAUAUUUCCCCCCCGUCCUGUUAUCAACCGUACAUAUCGAUUGACACGGGGAAAGCAGAUCCGAGAUUUAUGAAGAGCACGUUGUAUCAGAUUCCGUUAUUUUCAGAGACCUUAAAGUUGUCUCAGAUUCCCUUUGGAAUUAUUGUAAAUCCUUUUGCAUGUCUAAAUGAAGGGGAGAAAGUAGACAAGGUCGAUAUGAAGGAUAUAAUUAAUGAUAAAGAAGAAAAUAUAGAAAUUUUGAGAUGCCCCAAAUGUUUAAGCUAUUUGCAUGCAACAAUAUUGGAAGAUAUUUCUAGCACAGUACAAUGUGUCUUUUGUGAUACAGAUUUUGUGAUUAAUGAAAAUGUACUAUUUGAUAUAUACCAGUAUAAUGAGAAGAUAGGACAUAAGGAGAAUAAUCAGAAUGGGCAUUGUCUUUCCCCUUUGCUAAAGGGUAGUGUGGAUAUUAUUAUUCCCCCGAUUUAUUACAAUAAUAUUAAUAAGUUUAAAUUGACUUAUACCUACUUGAAUAAAAAUAUUAACCAAACAGCGUCCAUGAUUACGAAUAAGAUUAUGUCUCUGACGAAGCAUAUUUCUAGUACGCUAGUUGCGAAUGAUUCCAAAGGGGGUAAUAAACCAAGUACUGGCAGUGCCUUUGGUGACUCGGGGGAUGGAAACUUUUUUUCAGGUGGUGGUUAUACCAAUUAUGGAGGGAUAGGAGGCUACAACACAAAUGACAAUCAAAGCGGUUACAGUAAUGAUUGUAUGGUUAAUAACCGAAUGGGUAGUAGUACAGGGAAUCAACCGUUUGGAAUUGACCAGGGUGUGCAAAAUUUCGACAAUGUGAAAGACAAUGCCAACCUUACCUUGAAUGAUAUGAAAAAUUUGUUAUGCGAAAAGAGUGGUGAACCUGAUGCGGCGAAAAUGAGAAGAAAUUCCUUGUUGGCGAAAUACCCACAAGUAAAAAAUAUGUUGCCUCCUUACUUUGUAUUCGUCGUGGAGUGCUCGUACAACGCCAUUUAUAAUAACAUAACGUAUACCAUUUUGGAGGGCAUUAGGUACGCCGUGCAGAAUGUGAAGUGCCCACGGACGAAGAUCGCCAUCAUUACGUUCAACAGUUCGAUAUAUUUUUACCACUGCAAGAGUGUCGAGAAGGAAGGGGGAGGUAACGAGGGUACAAGGGGGAAGAACAAGAGUGGGAACCACCAGGUGAUCGUGAUGAGUGAUGUGGAUGACCCGUUUCUGCCCCUGCCUCUGGAGGAUCUCUUCUUCGGGUGUGUCGAGGAGAUAGACAAAAUUAACACCCUCAUAGAUACGAUAAAAUCUGUGAGCACGACGAUGCAGUCAUACGGGUCUUGUGGAAACAGCGCACUCAAAGUUGCCAUGGACAUGUUGAAGGAGCGAAACGGGGUGGGUAGCAUAUGCAUGUUCUACACCACGACCCCAAAUUGUGGAUUAGGCUCCAUUAAAGAACUGAAAAAAGAUUUGCAAGAAAAUUUUAUGGAGGUAAAGCAAAAAAUAUUUUACGAUUCCCUACUUCUGGACUUAUACGCAUACAACAUCAGUGUAGACAUUUUUAUUAUUUCAUCAAAUAAUGUGCGUGUGUGUGUUCCAUCCCUACAAUAUGUUGCGCAAAAUACCGGGGGGAAGAUACUGUUUGUAGACAAUUUUAUAUGGCAGAAGGAUUACAAGGAGUUAUACAUGAGCAUAAUGGAUACGCUAACGUCUGAAGACAUUGCCUACUGUUGUGAGUUGAAAUUAAGAUACUCACAUCACAUGUCGGUGAAAAAAUUGUUCUGUUGUAACAACAAUUUUAAUUCCAUCAUCAGUGUGGACACGAUUAAGAUCCCUAAGAUUCGUCAUGACCAGACAUUUGCCUUUUUAUUGAACUACUCAGACAUAUCAGAGAACAAAAAACAAAUUUAUUUCCAAUGUGCUUGUAUGUAUACCAACUUGUAUGGGGAUCGAUUUGUGCGUCUGCACACUACGCACAUGAAUUUGACCUCAUCCCUAAGUACACUCUUUAGGUACACCGACGCAGAGGCCUUGAUGAACAUCCUCAUUAAGCAGCUCUGCACUAACAUCCUUCACAAUGAUAAUUACUCCAAGAUUAUCAUCGAUAGUUUGGCGGCCAUUUUGUUUUCCUACCGCAUGAAUUGUGCCUCGUCCGCUCAUUCGGGCCAGCUGAUCCUCCCGGACACGCUAAAAUUGCUUCCUCUCUUUACCUCCUCUCUUCUAAAACACCAUGUCACGAAGAAGGAUAUCUUGCAUGACCUCAAGGUGUACAGUUUGAUAAAGCUUUUGUCCAUGCCAAUCAUAUCUGCCCUCUUGUACGUAUACCCAGUCACUUAUGUAAUUCACAUAAAGGGCAGAACAAACGAGAUAGAUUCGAUGGAUGUGGACGACGACCUGUUUAUCCCUAAAACGAUACCAUCCAGUGCGGAGAAGAUUUACUCGAAUGGGAUUUACCUGCUUGAUGCGUGCACCCACUUUUACCUUUACUUUGGGUUUCACUCUGACGCAAAUUUCGUCCAAGAGGUUCUUGCAGACACCCCAACGGAGAACAACGCGCAUGAACUGAACCUGACGGAUACCCACAACGCACAAAAAGUGCAGCGUAUUAUUAAGAACCUGACGAGGAUUCACCACUUCAACAAGUAUGUCCCCCUGGUUAUUGUUGCCCCAAAAUCCAAGGAGGAGGAACACCUCAUAUCUUUAUGCAUUGAAGACAAAGCCGACAAGGAAUACAGCUACGUGAACUUUUUAUGUUUUAUUCACAAAUUGGUUCACAAAAGGAUUGAUGAGUCGUAA